AUGGCCGAAAAUCCCAAAGAAAAGAGAAAGCGGGCGCCAAAGCGCUGCCUCAAAUGCCCCGAUAAGCCUCUUCUCUCCACCUGCGCUUUACAUCGGUUCCGAAAGCCCAAGCCUGUUGAAGUACCUCAGGAAGAGCCACAGAGGCAGCCGCAGGCCCCUUUGCAGCCCGUCCUUCCUCAGUCCCCUGACCCUCCCCUGUCUCUACAAGCAGGAUUGCCUUCCCAACAAGUCCCUGCGCCUGCAGACGAAUCAACCACAACACUCGCCACCCCCUCCAGCAACUCCCCCCCCUCUUCGCCGUCGCCUUCGUCUGCUCUGAGUCGUGCGGGGACGCCCAGCUCACCCAACCCCCCCAGCCCUUCUGGACAGAAUCCCGGAUACGAUGAAUCGUCUGUCGAGGAGGAGGAUUCGGACGACGAGGUUGGUCAGAAGAGGAAGAGUAAAGGGCAGCAGUAUCGCAGGCAACCCUCUGGCCGCAACGCGACCUGGGGCGUGGUAGAAGGUGCGGGCAGAGGUUCAGAGCCAUACCCCAUUCACCGUGUCCGUGAACUCAAGCCGGUCAUAUCCUCUCAAAGGAAGGCUACGAAAGACCUCGACAGGUGGACCGCGGACCUUUUGUCUAGAUGUGAAUCCAUUUCCACUCGUACAGGCUGCUGGCUUUACUUAGCCAUGCAACACCCGGCCUCAAGAACACCGUUUGUGCAUUUCACAUCGCGAAAGCUUAGGAAAGAUGCGCCCGAGCACGUCCGGAAAAUUCACAAUGAGGUUCGUCUGACGAUGAAUGCCCUGACUCGUGCCGACCGACGGGCUAGAGUCGAAGUGGAGUCGGAGCUACAGAUGACGCAGCAAAAGCUUGCGAGUGCCGAGAAGCGCGCGGAGGACCUUGAGAGCAAGCUUGAUGCUCUCUUGGAGAGGUUGGCACGUCACGAGAACUCGAGCAAUUUGGGGGUCCACGGCGGCGCCUUCCAACGGCACGAGGGCGAUCAGAACGUUGGGGAGGGGUCUUCGGGUCCGACGGUGGACACUAAUUAA